UCCGCCAAAAUAUCAACACACACAUGCACGUGCGCGCGUGACCUCCCAAAUCCGCACCUUUUUGAGGUGGUCUACGCGCGAGUGUGCGUGAGAGCUUUGUUAGUUUCUUCUAGUAUGAGUCCUUCACCAUACAUUGGCAUGCACACUGCGGAUUCUGUCAUAUGUUGUGGUGGUGCCAGCACGUUACAAAGUGUAGCAAUCGAUAAGCCAAAUACGUGCAGUUCAGUCACCAUGGUAGCAAGCACGCAAAACAAGGAAUUCAUAGUCGGCAUUUUGUCCACACAAUGCUGCUUUCGAGGACGAAACCCGCUGCGGGUCCUGACGGGGCGCGUAAGGAUCGCCAGCAGCGGUCUAGAGUUCCCAGCCUGCAAGAAUUGCUGAAGGAACGCGACUUCACAGGGGCGCUAACCCUCGUCGAGUUUGCUCGGAAUUCUGGGAAAGGCACUUUAGAGACAGAUCUAUGGAUUGCGUACUGUGCUUUCCAUCUGGGCAACUACAAGCAAGCUAUGCAGGAAUACGAGCGCCUGCGAGACAAGUGUCCUGAGGCGUGGACUUACCUGGCGUGCUGCUAUUUCCACCUCGGCAUGUACCAGGAGGCGCAGGCAGCCGUGGCGAAAGGCCCCAAGAGCCAAUUGGAGAAUCGCAUCCUCUUUCACCUCGCCCACAAGUUUGGAGAGGAGAAGAAGCUCCUCUCCCACCACCAGUUACUCAAGGACAUAUUAGAAGACCAGCUGUCACUCGCUUCCAUCCACUAUCUGCGUGCUCACUACCAGGAGGCAAUUGACAUCUACAAGCGAUUGCUCCUCGACAACAGGGACUUCCUGGCUCUCAAUGUCUACGUUGCUCUGUGUUACUACAAGCUGGACUACUAUGAUGUCUCUCAGGAAGUCCUGGCAGUGUACUUGCAAAACUUCCCAGACAGCGCGACUGCAAUCAAUCUCAAGGCCUGCAAUCAUUUCAGGCUCUACAAUGGCAAGGCUGCUGAGGCUGAGCUGAAGGGAUUGCAAGACAAGGCAUCUGCAUCAUUCACCUAUGCUCAGGACCUGAUUCGACACAACCUGGUAGUGUUCCGUGGUGGUGAGGGUGCCUUGCAGGUGUUGCCUGCCCUUGUUGGUGUUGUACCUGAAGCCAGGCUCAAUCUGGUCAUCUACCAUCUCAAACAAGACGAUGUCCAUGAGGCGUACGAGUUGAUGAAGGACUUGGAGCCUACUGUACCUCAUGAAUAUAUCCUGAAAGGAGUCGUCAACGCCACAAUCGGACAGGACAGAGGCCUGGAAACUGUUUUGCAGCGAGAACAUCUCAAGAUUGCUCAGCAGUUUUUUCAACUUGUGGGUGGAUCAGCGAGCGAGUGCGACACCAUACCUGGCCGACAGUGCAUGGCUUCCUGCUUCUUUCUCCUCAAGCAGUUUGAAGAUGUUCUUCUGUACUUGAAUUCCAUCAAGAGCUACUUUUACAAUGACCACACCUUCAAUUUCAACUAUGGUCAAGCAAAGGCUGCAACAGGAAACUAUAAAGAGGCUGAGCAGAUACUUUCAGCAAUCCAGAAUGAAAAGGUGAAGUGCGAUUAUGUAUACCAAAGCUGGCUCGCACGUUGCUAUAUUAUGAAUGGCAAGCCCAAGCAAGCCUGGGACAUCUAUCAAGAGAUGGAAUCAUUUAGCCUCUUACAACAAAUAGCCAAUGACUGCUACAAGAUGGGCCACUUCCUGUAUGCAGCUCGGGCGUUCGACAUCCUGGAGAAGAUGGACCCAAAUCCGGAGUACUGGGAAGGCAAGCGGGGUGCUUGUGUUGGAACGUUCCAGAAAGUGAUAGCUGGACAAGAGACUAGGGAUUCCAUGGAAGAAAUUUUUGGUAUCCUCAAAAACACCAGUAAUCCACAAGCAGAGUCGGUGCUCCUCAUCAUGAAGAAAUGGUGUCGGGAGAAUAAAGGUUGAAUGAUUCUUGUA